AUGCCGGGCAGGAAAGUCUAUGUCGUUGGAGUAGGGAUGACUAAGUUCGAAAAACCUGGUCGUCGAGAAGAUUUUGACUACCCUGAUAUGGCCAGGGAAGCAGGAACAAAAGCCCUUAAAGAUGCAGGCCUGGAUUAUGGCAAAAUAGACCAAGCUGUAGUAGGUUACUGUUAUGGUGAUUCAACCUGCGGACAAAGAGCACUCUAUCAACUUGGUCUCACAGGAAUUCCAAUUUACAAUGUAAAUAAUGCAUGUGCUACAGGUUCCAGUGCAUUGUAUUUGGCCAAGCAGCUUGUUGAAGGAGGUUCAUCAGACUGUGUUUUAGCUUUAGGAUUUGAGAAAAUGCAGAAAGGAUCUCUUGGAGCAAAUUUCAAAGAUCGCACUCCACCAAUGGAUAAACAUUUGGAAGUUGUGAUCAAUAAACAUGGCCUGGCUGCUGCUCCUAUAACUCCUCAGUUGUUUGGAAAUGCGGGCAAAGAACAUAUGGAAAAAUAUGGAACCACAAUGGACCAUUUUGCCAAAAUUGCUUACAAGAACCAUCUUCACUCUGUUGAUAAUCCCUUAUCUCAGUUCAGGAAAAAGUACACUUUGGAAGAGAUUAAGAACUCUCCCAUGGUGUUUGACCCUUUGACAAAACUUCAGUGCUGUCCUACAUCAGAUGGCAGUGCAGCAGCCAUCUUGGCCAGUGAAGAGUUUGUCAAGAAACAUGGGCUUGAGAGUAAAGCUGUUGAGAUUCUUGGAAUGGAAAUGGCAACAGAUCUUGUGAGCACUUUCCAGGAAAACAGUUCAAUUAAAGUGGUUGGUUAUGAUAUGACUAAGGUUGCUGCCAAGAAAUUGUUUCAGAAGACAGGCAUGUCGCCUAAUGAUGUCCAAGUUGUAGAGCUUCAUGAUUGCUUCUCCACCAAUGAGCUCCUCACCUAUGAAGGACUUGGCCUCUGCUCUGAAGGCAAAGGAGGGGAAUUAGUAGACAGAGGAGAUAACACUUAUGGAGGCAAAUGGGUUGUAAAUCCAAGUGGAGGACUCAUUUCUAAAGGUCACCCUCUGGGGGCUACAGGUUUAGCACAGUGUACAGAGCUUUGCAAACAGCUGCGGGGUGAGUGUGGUAAGAGGCAAGUACCUGGAGCCAAGGUGGCUCUUCAGCAUAACCUUGGAUUGGGAGGUGCUGUAGUGGUGGCUCUGUAUCAACUUGGAUUUCCUAAUCAAAGGAGGUAUCACCCAGUACCUUCUUAUACCUCAGCAGUCAAGGAAGAAGAUUUCAAGGCAGCUGCAAUAUUUGAAGAGAUGGAAAAGAAGCUGAAGGGGGAAGGCCCUCUACUUGUAAAGAAAAUUAAAGGAGUUUACAGAUUCAACAUCAAAAAUUCUGAUGGAAAAGAAACCUGGUGGAUUGUUGAUGCUAAGAAUGGAGAUGGGGCUUUGAAAUAUAGAGGCUCAGAUAAAGCUGACUGUACAAUAACUAUGAAUGACGAAGACUUCGUUAAGAUAAUGACUGGUAAAAUGAAUCCACAAUCGGCUUUUUUUCAAGGCAAGAUCAAGAUCAAGGGAAAUAUGGGCCUGGCUAUGAAACUAAGAGAAAUUCAACCAAAGCCUGCCAAGUCUAAGCUGUAGAUCCACAUGCGAACAAGAUGAGAUUGUUUAAGUAGCAACAAAUUUUUAAGGUGUCCUUUUUAAAUGAGGUGAAAUCUUUGUGAGACCUUCAACCCACCACGUGAAAACAUCACUUAAUCAUCUGAAACAUCCAAAUUAUCAUAACAGUAUUUGAUCAAAGUUGAAAAACUGUAAUCAAUAAAUGACACAAAGUGUCACCCCUCAAGGCUCGGUAAAAGGCCUGGGCCAGAGUGACCCGGUACAUGUACGACACAUAACCUGAGCUAUUACUAAUGAACUAUGGAUUGGCGAGGAGUGUCUUCAGUAAGAAAUACUAAAACGAACAAACACUUCUUCUAUGACAUGACUCCUACUUGUCUUUAAUGUGCGUCGUGAAAUAAUAAAUAUAGUGCUUACUACUUUUUUUUGUUUAGUUUUUACAACUUGUGAACAACUCAUUACAAGUAUGAUGGGAAAUGUUCAGUUUUCUUUUGGUAUGUCUAUAUUAUGCUAUAAACAUGGUGAGCAGCCGGUUUUGUUACGUUCUUUUUUCUGUUCAUAUCAUACUAUAAACAUGGUGUUAAGUCAACAAUGUUCUUUUUCUUUUGUUCAUAUUAUGCUAUGAACAGCACAAUUUGCCAAAUACAACUUGGAUGGGCGGAGCUGGUGCUUUUCCUCCGUUAACAAAAACCUGUGGGCAAACUGUGUUAAUGUAAGGAAAUCCCUUCAUGAAAGUUCUCAGUCUAAAUCUUUGAGUAGGGUGGCGGCUGUGGAUAGCAAUCAGGGAUGCAAUCCUUUUUUCUAAAAGACAUGACAAGGAGCACACACGCCAACAUACUUAUCACGAAUAAAAUUCCCGCCAAUAUCACCAGGUAAUUUAGCGGCAAGAUCAGAUGGCAGUUGUCAAAGACGGUAUUCUGACAGUUCUCUCCAGUACAUUCCUGUUCACAGUGUUGAGCGUCACACGUAAAUGAGCAUGCUCCUGAUAAACACCGCUGUCUACAGAAACUAACAUCACUGGUACACUUCAUGUGACAAUUGUGACACUUCUGAUAGCAUGUCUCAGAUGAGCACGUGAUUGCUCUGCAUUUAGAACCUGCGGAGGCUUGGUAACAUUCAUUGUAGCCUUGGUUACUGUCUGUUACGCCACAGUCACAUGAUUGGUUGUGGCAAUGUUGAAUACAAGUGCCUGAGAUUACCAUCUGGCAUCUAUCAGUCGCCAUUGCUUCUUUCGCCGCAAAAAUUGUAA